AUGCCCGAUGACCCGAUAGCCGUACUAGAUGAAAGUCUAGUUGAGCUAGUGCAGUCCAAGUGUGUGGGUGUGACAAUUAGUGAAUUAUCGAUCAUGAAGCGAUCGAGAAAAACAUUGUUUUUUAGUGAAAAACAAGAAAACGAACAUGAAACGGUUAAAAAGAAAAAAGAGGAUGUAACUGCCAGGAGGAUAAUUAUUGGUAAGCGUAACAUAUCUGCCAAUAAUAUUUACACAAGCCCAUCAACCGGGCAGACGUUGCAAGUACUGCAAAAUGCAGCCCCUGCGACUGCGUCUACCAGCAACCCUGCCAAUCGGCGUGUGCAAAUAUUAGAAGAUAAGAUUAUUCAACCCUCAAUCAUUAUUACUCCAGUAAAUCAAAAUCAUUCUCCUAUAAGCAGUGAUGACGAGUUAGAGAUUUUUUCGACACCGAACCGUCAUGUCAGACAAAAACAGUUAAGUGUCAACUUAGCGGAAGAGAACAAAACUUCAAACCUCCCAGACUCUAAUAUUUUAGACAACCAUACCUUUGCUACUCCGAAGAGCCGUAAGAAACUAAAUUCAUCCAAAAGUGCUAACUUAAGCCCUGCAAUAACUACAAAGCAGCAUCAGAAAAACGACGAUGAUCUCUUGCCAUGCCAGAAAGAAGAAAAACACAUGUCCUCCGCACUAACAAGUCGGUGUGGAUCUUUAAGUGACAUUUCGACAUCUAACAUGGUAUCUCUUAAUUCAUCGUUCAAUGAAGAGCAGCUGUUUAAUCUCUUGAACACACCUCAAAAAGAAGAACAAAUACCUGCGACUAAAACUAAAAUUGCAUGUGAUGACAAUGAUAAUUAUUUAUCCCAACCAUCGACCUCUGGAAUGAACCUGUCUACAAAAACAUCACAAAAACAAAACAAAAUACCCCAAACCCUACCUCCCGACUCUGACUCUGAUGAAAGCAGCGAUUCUUCUUCUAGUGACUCCUCUGACUCUUCAUCUGAAGAUACUGAAGUGAAUCCCGAAAUGUCGCAUCCUAUUUCGCGUCCCUUAUUGGCUACCAAUAAUGAAGAUGACGAAUGGGAAGAUAUUACAGACAGCCCGAUGAGUUUCGAAGAAUUUCAGGGAGCAGUGAAAAUGUCUAUACCGCCAAAUACCGAGAAUCCAUAUGAUUAUUUUAAGUUGUUUGUUACUGACGAGAUUAUUGAUAAAAUUGUGCAUGAAACAAAUAACUUCGCUAACAAAUCUGUGGGUACAAAUUUAUGGAAGCCAACCGAUAAAGAAGAAAUGCACACAUUUUUCGCGAUUUUGCUUGCAAUGGGUCUUGUCAAAGUGCCACAUAUCGGUGACUAUUGGUCAAAAAAUAAAUUGUACAGAAAUGAAUACAUAAGUUCAUUAAUGUCUAGAGAUCGAUUUCUAGCUUUGCUGAAGUACUGGCAUUUUAGUGACGACAGCAAUUCAGAAAAUGACAAAAUACAUAAAUUUCGAGAAGUUUAUACCAUGCUUAUGACUCAAUUUAAAGAUGUAUUAAAGCCGGGUAAAGUAUUGGUAGUGGAUGAAAGUAUGGUGCCUUGGCGAGGCAGACUACAUUUUCGGCAAUACAUAAAAAAUAAAUCCCACAGAUACGGUGUAAAAUUAUAUAAAGUGUGCACGCCAGAGGGAUAUACAUUAAACGUGAUCGUUUACACCGGCAAAAAUGAGGGAGAGAAUCAACGGGAAAUGAAUCAUGGUCAGAACGUCGUAAUGAAACUCUUGAAAGAUUAUGAAAAUGAGGGACGGAUUGUCAUUGCUGACAAUUUUUAUUCGUCAAUCGGAUUAGCAGAAGCAUUGCUCGAUCUUAAAACGUUCUAUUGCGGGACUUUGAGAUCCAAUAGAAAAGGUUUACCAAAAACUGUUAUCAGUACAAAGCUAAAGAAGGGCAACAUUACUGGCAAGAUGAACAAGAAAGGCAUACGUGUACUUAAGUGGGUUGACAAACGACCUGUACUGAUGAUGAGUACAUGCACAGAUCAUGAUACAACACUAAAAAGUACUGGAAAGAAACGAAGAGGGACAGAUGAAGAAGUGUUAAAGCCUGCAUGUGUACUAACUUAUAAUAAAUUCAAAAAAGGAAUUGAUCUCAGCGACCAAAUGUCGUCUUACUACUCAACUUUAAAGCGUGGCCUCAAAUGGUACAGAAAGGUGGUGAUGGAGCUAUUGUUUGGAACGUCUGUCAUAAACGCUUUGAUUGUUUAUAAUAUGAAGAACGAAAAUAAAUUGACAAAAAAGGAGUUCAUUGAACAAAUUAUGGAAAAAUUGUCUAACACUUCUCUGAAAAAACAAAGGAUAAUGCCAGAAACUGAUCAAAUGGCAACGCCGAGAGGCAAUGCAAACCAUAGUUUUGAAAUGGGCCCAAAAAAACGAAAUUGCUCAGGAUGCUAUGACAAACUACGACUAACAUUGAAUAGCAAAGAAGCCGGGAAUAAAGUAAAGAAGGUUAAAACUAUGUGCGAAGCGUGUAGAAAAACAUAUUGUCGUGAAUGUUAUAAUAAAUCACAUCAGUCUAAGGUAUAACUGCAUAAUAGUUAUUAUAAUAAAAAAAUACAUUCAAUUUGAAGUCCGUUUUUUUAAGAUUAGACAAAUGAUGGUCGAUUACGUUUGUUACUUAUUCUAAAAA